GCUACGGUGCACUUAUCUCUUUUCUCCCAUCGCUAAAAUUUGUUUUUUCGCUGGUGGUUUGGUUUUUAUAAAAUUAUUUAAUUAAUAUAUGGCGGACCAGGUAAAUAAUGAGGCCGGCCAGCCCACGCCGCUUAUGUCUAUUCGUUUCGAUCAGCAGCAGCACGAAAGUGCGGCGGCCAACGGGAAUGAGAACGGCAAUGGAAGCGGGAAUGCUGCCGGCGAAGCUUCCGAGGAUGGGGUGGAGACCGAGAAAUCCACCGCCGAGCUUGUGCUGCCCAAGGCACUGGAGGAUGUGCUGGCGCUAAAGGAUCAGCGUGCGGCCGAAUUUACCGUGGACGCCGAUUCUCAAGGGGGCAGUGGGGGCGUAACGCAGGACGGCGAUGAGGCAGAUGUGGGCGAGGACAGCGAGGAGGAUGCGGAUAACCAGGUGAACGGUGGCGAUGGCGAAAAGGCCGGCAAGCAGAGUAAGGCGGAGCGGAACAAAAAAAAAAAGAAGCGUAAGAAGCUGAACAAGAAGAUUCGCCACCAGCUGGAAUUCGAGCGACAGCAGCAGUUGGCCCAAGCAGAUGAGCACGAGGUCGUGGAUCAGGAUGCGAAGGAACAGGAGACAAAGGCUCCGGGCAGCGGAGACGAACAGGCCGUCGAAAAGGAAAAGAAAGACAAACACAAAGAAAGUCGUAGCAAGCGAAGGAAGGACCGCAGUGAUGAAAAAGAAAAGGAUAAGAAGACGGGAGAUUCUCACGAAGAGGAUGUGACAAUAGAAUAUGUGCCCGAAAAGAUAACGAUUGCAGACCUGGCGCCUAUGUACCGCCAGUUCUAUCGAGUCUUCGAAAUUUUUAAGCUGGAGAACAAACCAAAGCCUGCGGAAAAGGACAAAUCUUCGCUUGAUCCCGAAUCCCUGUCCAAGGACAAAAAGGCCGCCGACAAACUCCUCGAGGACGAAGACGACGAUGGCGAUGAUGACGACGAGCACAAGGAGGACAAAGAGAAGCUUUCCAAGCGGAAGCUAAAGAAACUAACCCGUCUGAGUGUGGCGGAGUUGAAGCAGCUGGUCUCCCGACCCGAUGUAGUUGAGAUGCACGAUGUUACUGCCAGAGAUCCGAAAUUACUGGUCCAACUGAAGGCCUAUAGGAAUACAGUGCAAGUGCCACGGCACUGGUGCUUCAAGCGAAAAUAUUUGCAGGGCAAAAGGGGCAUUGAGAAGCCUCCAUUCGAUCUUCCCGCCUUUAUUAAAAAGACGGGCAUCAUGGAAAUGCGGGAGUCACUGCAAGAGCGUGAGGACGCCAAAACCCUCAAGGCUAAGAUGCGGGAACGAGUGCGUCCCAAAAUGGGGAAGAUCGACAUUGACUACCAAAAACUGCACGAUGCUUUCUUUAAGUGGCAGACAAAGCCCCGCAUGACAAUUCAUGGCGAUCUGUACUAUGAGGGCAAGGAGUUUGAGACGCGCCUUAAAGAGAAGAAGCCAGGCGAUCUUUCCGAGGAAUUGCGCAUUGCUUUAGGUAUGCCCGUUGGUCCCAACUCGCACAAGAUUCCGCCGCCGUGGCUGAUUGCCCAGCAGCGCUACGGGCCGCCGCCCUCGUAUCCAAAUCUGAAAAUUCCGGGCCUUAACGCGCCGAUCCCAGACGGAACUUCGUUUGGCUAUCAUGCAGGAGGUUGGGGCAAGCCGCCAGUGGAUGAGAAUGGAAAACCGCUGUACGGUGACGUAUUUGGAACCAACAUAUUGGACUUGGAUAAUGGCAUUGACGAGGCUGACAUUGAACGCAAUCAAUGGGGUGAACUGGAAUCGGAGUCAGAAGAGUCUUCCGAAGAGGAGGAGGAAGAUGGUGAAGACUUGGGCGAUCAACAGGAUGAGACUGGCCUAGUAACGCCAGUGGAGGGACUGGUUACACCUUCUGGACUCACUAGUGUGCCAGCGGGCAUGGAAACCCCCGAAAACAUUGAGCUCCGCAAAAAGAAAAUCGAAGCCGAGAUGGAAGACAAUGAAACCCCUGUUCUUUACCAAGUGCUGCCCGAAAAGCGCACUGACCGCAUAGGCGCCUCCAUGAUGGGAUCAACACACGUAUACGAUGUCAGUGGCAGUGGGGCUAACAAACAGCCAGCAGUACGAUCCACCACAGAUCGCGAGGGCAUCGUGGAAUUAGCGCUCGAUCCCAGCGAACUGGACAUGGACAACGACGCGAUGGCACAGCGUUAUGAGCAGCAGAUGCGCGAGCAGCAAAAUCACCUGCAGAAAGAGGAUCUGUCAGACAUGCUGGCCGAGCAUGUGGCGCGGCAAAAAUCAAAGCGCAAGCGACAGCAAACGGAUCCGGCCAAGACCACAAAGAAGUACAAGGAGUUUAAGUUUUAGUACCACAACAAGAAAAACUACUUUUCCAUUUGUGCGUUUGUCGAGAAUGUCAUUAAACAUAGUAAAAAGUAA